GUUCUUUCUGCUCUUCGUUUUUGGCUGUACAAAUGCAUCACUGAGGUGCUCUGUCCGACGUGCGACGGAGGGACGUCUCCCUCUUUCACCGUCUGUCUUUGCAAAUUGCAAUACACCACUCUCUCUCUCUCUCUCUCUCUGCUAUACACCACUCGUCACGUUCUCUAUUCAAGGAGCGAGGAAGUUCAAGAAGAACCCAUUUAUUGGAUUUCAGUAUAUGUCUGUAUCGUCAUGGGGUUGUUUAUUCUCUGAAGAGGAUCUUAAAGACAGGCCUAAUCUGUUUCAAUCUAGAGCCAUUUCGAGCUAUGUCUCAUUCUAAAGAAGCAGACAGAGGAGAGAACUACAAUUUUAGGUGGGGAAAGAAGAGAGGGGUGUAUGGGAAAAACUUCCAAACUUAUGAGUCUUUUACGUUUGAUGGUAUGGAAUACUCGCUCUAUGACUGUGUAUAUUUGCACACGGAAGAUGAGCCUGAACCCUAUAUUGGGAAGAUUAUAAAAAUAUGGGAGAAGCCAAAUCAUAGAAGAAGAAUAAAGGUCGUGUGGUUUUUCCGCCCCAUUGAACUUGUCAACUGGUUCGAAGACGUACCACUUAAGAAUGAGAUCUUUCUGGCAUGUGGUGAAGGAAUAGGCGUUUCCAAUGUUAAUCCUUUGGAAGUGAUUGUUGGCAAAUGCAACGUUAUCUGCACAUCAAAGGACACGAGAAAUCCACAACCUUCAGACGAUGAAUUGAGAAUGGCUGAUUACAUUUUCUAUCGUACAUUUAACGUUGGAAAUUAUACAAUAUCAGAAAGAAUAGAGGAUUCAAUAGCUGGAAUUGAAGGCAUGUAUUUUUUUAAUAGGAAAGUGCGGCAAAGUCCAAGUGGGGUUCCCAAACACACUAAUUUGAAGGAUGAUGAAGGGAAAAUUAAUAGUAGCAGCGAAACUUCACAUUUGCUGUCCAACUUGCGAAAAUCACAGGAAACCUUAGUGAAAGAUAAGAAGCUUGGUUGUCCAACAAGUUCAGUCUCCAAAGGUGGUAGAGUGGAACCUUUUUCAGAUGAGCAGACCAAAUCAAGACGAAGUAUCAGUUUUGAUGAGGAUGAGGCUAAGUCUGGUAAAGUUAAUGAAAGUCGGGUUGGAAAUGAAGAGAAUCCAAAAUCUGCUGAAAGUAAACCUGGUUCAGUUUUAUUUGGGAAUAUGCCUUCUGAGAAAGUUCACCCGGUUGGAAAUGCACAGAGUCUGAAAUCUGCUGAAAGUUCACCUGGUUCAGUUUUAUUUGGGAAUAUGCCUUCCAAGAAAUGGAAGAUCAAUGACUCUUUAGCUAAAUCCUCUGAGGAAUUAGCACUUCGCAAGGGCAAGACUGCCAUUUGCUUACAGAGGGUGUCUGAGACUCAUGUCCGUGAUCCUGAAGACAAAACAAAAGCGAUGAUUGUCAAAGAUUCUAUUAGGCAAGACCAAUCUUUUAAGAAGGUGAAGACGGAUGAGAAGGUGGUUAAGCCUUCUGAGGGGACACUGCACAAAGGUGCUCCUGCACUUGCAGUGAAGGGCAUUGUAACUGAUGCUCAGAGGUCAUUAGUAACCAGAAGGUCGGAUGUGGAUAGAAGCAAGUGGUUCAGGAAUCUUCCUUGGGAAGAUAGAAUGAAGACUGCUGAUGAGCAAGGAACACUUGUUAUACUAGAGAAUUUGGAUCCAGAUUACACUUCAACAGAAAUACAGGAUAUAAUUCGGCAAGGUUUUAGGGAGGAAUGCUAUUCAAAGGUGAUACCGCGUACUGCAUUUUCUAGCCCACAUUCCGGUAAAGCUAUUGUUAUUUUUAAGUCAAGAGAAGCAGCAGAGACGGCACUCAGGAAGUUAGAGAGAGAAUGCCUGAUGCUACCAAAUGGAAGACCUCUUGUUGGUAGCAGAGGAACUCCAAGGGUGCCAGGAAAACUGCAAACAUUUCCUGGCCACCUGUCUAUUGACAAAGUUAAACUCCGAAUGCUGCCAAGGGAAAUGCAAAAAGCAGUGUCGACAUCACAUUGUUCUCAGCCCAACACGAUUGAAUAUGAGAUGGCGAUGGGAUGGAAGCUAAUGCAAACUAGAUCAGAAAUGUGGUGGAAAGAGUUAUAUAAGCAACAAGGGGUGGAAUUGGAAGAACUUAAAAUGCAGCUGAAGACCAAAUAAGCAGUGACAGCAAGCGUCAGCUCCUUUUGUCAAGCCACAUGGCUUCUCAUUGUUCUCAAGAUACAAGGUUUUCAAAGGAAGCUAAAGAGAGAUACAUUUCACCACUAGUUAUUUGCCACUGAUGUCAGUCUACCUUCAACUCUUCAGAUUUAAAUACAGAAGACUCACAUGGAAUAGGCACACUGACCUGCACCUAACAUUGAUUUGCCAUGGGAUGACUUUGAAAUCCAUCUCUAUGCUUCAUGCCCAAGUUUUGUACAAGUCCUGAUGGGAAGCUGUGCUCUUUUUUUCACCAUGCAUAGCUUGUAUUGCAAAAUCUUUGAGAAUUCUAGAAAUUGAAAUAUGUAUCAAUUGGGUCUGUAAUGUGUUCAUUCCAUUUGUAAAUUUGAUCCAUCUACAGCCAAUUUGGUUUUUGUUGAGAUGAUACAUUGCAAGAGAAAAUUAUACUGAUGGGUGUAACAAACAAGCUCCACAUCAGAAUGUCAUAUGCAGGGCUGCCAUCUUAGCGAACUUAUUUCCAGUUUUCUUCAGUUACAAAACACUCGAACCUCGAUGCAGUAUACAAUCAUUAUGGUGUG